AUUUCCCAGGAUGCAGCGCGGCCAUCACAACAACAUUUCGCCAUUUCGGAGGCAGCGGCUCUGCGGCGGAGGAACUAGGUCAGCCGAGGCGGAGGUGGUCACGUUCUUCCCCGGUGAACGACCCUCUCUGUCUCCCCCCCACCCCCGGUUGCUUCACCGUCGGGCGGCUCGGACACGGCGCUCCCAUGCGCGUUCUGUGGCCGGUGCGGAUGAGUUUCUCCAGCCCGGGCUGAAGCGUCGACCUGCCAGCUGUCGGAUUUCCCUGCUAACGGCGAGCUAGCUGUAAACAACAAGGAUGAAGCGGAUAAAAGGAGCUGAGGAGGGCAGCAACGGCUCCUCUAGCAAAAGCCCACCAGAGGCGCGCAAGAAGGUUCGGAAGCAGUUGAGCGAGGAUCCAGAGGCCGUGGCGGCCAGCGACUGGGCGCUGCUGCCUCAGGAGCUCCUGCUCCACAUCUUCCAGUACCUUCCGCUACUGGACCGAGCGUAUGCCUCUCAGGUGUGUCGGCGCUGGAACCAGGCGUUCCACAUGCCUGAGCUGUGGAGAUGCUUCGAAUUCGAGCUCAACCAGCCGGCAAGCUCUUACCUGAAAGCCACACAUCCAGAUCUCAUCAAGCAGAUCAUAAAGAGGCACUCCAACCACCUGCAGUAUGUCAGCUUCAAGGUGGACAGUAGUACAGAGUCUGCAGAGGCUGCAUGUGACAUUCUUUCACAGUUGGUGAAUUGCUCACUGAAGACCUUGGGGCUUAUCUCUACAGCCAGACCAAGUUUCAUGGAGGUUCCAAAGUCUCACUUCAUCUCGGCUCUGACUGUGGUGUUCGUCAACUCCAAGUCGCUUUCCUCGCUGAAGAUUGACGACACGCCAGUCGAUGACCCGUCUCUGAAGGUGCUGGUGGCCAACAACAGUGACACCCUGAAACUGCUGAAGAUGAGCAGCUGCCCUCACGUCUCCCCCGCAGGAAUCCUGUGUGUGGCAGACCAGUGUCACGGGCUGAGAGAGCUAGCACUGAACUACCACCUCCUGAGUGACGAACUUCUGCUGGCCCUCUCCUCGGAGAAACACGUCCACCUGGAACACUUGCGUAUUGAUGUGGUGAGCGAGAACCCCGGCCAGCACUUCCACACCAUCAAAAAGAGCAGCUGGGAUGCCAUGGUGCGGCACUCGCCCAAAUUCAACCUGGUCAUGUACUUCUUUCUCUAUGAAGACGAGUUUGGACCUUUCUUCAACGAGGAAAUCCCUGUCACGCACCUCUACUUCGGCCGCUCAGUCAGCAAGGAGGUCUUGGGCCGCGUUGGCCUCCACUGCCCCCGUCUGGUGGAGCUGGUGGUGUGCGCCAACGGCCUGCGCCCUCUAGACGAGGAGCUGAUCCGCAUCGCGAAGCACUGCACCCAGCUGUCGGCCAUUGGCCUGGGGGAGUGCGAAGUCUCCUGCAGCGCGUUUGUGGAGUUUGUAAAGAUGUGCGGCCGGAGGCUGUCCCAGCUCUCUAUCAUGGAGGAGGUGCUGAUUCCCGAUCACAGGUACUCCCUGGAUGAGAUUCACUGGGAGGUUUCAAAGCACCUGGGCCGGGUCUGGUUCCCAGACAUGAUGCCGACAUGGUAAAGUAAAUCCAGAGAGCAGUUCAGUACGUGAAGCAUGUGGCGCAGAACACAUGGCCUCCAUGUUUGCACUGAAAAGCCUUUAAAUGCUCAGCUGUAGUGGAAUGUUUGGUGCCAUCAUGGAGGGCAUAGACUUGCUGAACCCCUUUGUAGCGGAGAGUGCAGCUCAGGGGUAUAGUGCGGCAGUCGACUGCUACACAAUGUCAUGUAGUGCAAACACCACAGUAAUCUCUGCGUGGUAGUUUGAAAACAGACUGUGGAAUCCUGCUUUUUCUAUUGAGGAGACGGCACUCGACAGCCCAGUGCAGCGGGAAAUAUUUGACAAAAAAAGCAAUUUUUAAACUGCAAACUGACAUAAUGUGGACAUUGUAGCCUGGUUAUGAUAAUCUAUUUUCUGAGAGGUGCGUGUGUGUGUGUGCACGCGUGUGCUUUAAUGUCUUUUGCAGUAAUUAGGUACAUGAUUGCAUGGUGUUACACUACCACUCUGCCUACCUAAAUCCAGUCUGCGACAGCAACUCUGCACUCUAACACAAUAUGGCAUUGGAGGAUUUCCAAAUGUCUGCAAUGUUAUUUGUAUAUAGGAUGUGUCUGGAGGGGUCGAUGGUGGGUUCACUUAGAUUUGCAGAAACUGGGUCCUUCGCCUAAUUUUACACAAAUUUACAGGUCUUUCUAUAUUUGUGUUGUGAAGGUGAACAAUGUCAAUUGAUGUCAUUUAUUUUAUUGCAGAUAUUUUUUACCAGCAGUGUACAUCAACUGGCUUGACAAAAUGAUAUUCUGUUUUUAAUAAGCUUAUUUCCUAAGCACCUCACAUGAAUACCAAAUAAUCACUAGGACAAACCAAGUCCUUCUGCUUGACAUCAAAAGCAAUGAAACGUUGUUGUAAUCAACUUGUCUUAUUUUGACCCAGAUCUAAAUGCUGAUUGUUGACACUGUGCUGGGAUCAGAAACCAAGAACUAUAUAUUGAAGUACUGAAUCUGUAAUUACUGAUUUUUAAAAAGAAAAAGCAGAUAAAUAAUUCUAUGUAAAUAUAAACCCUGCACCGACACGUCUGAAUCUUACUCAACAGAUAGACGAGUCUCUGCAGCUAUUUGCUCACAGUGCAAUCCGAGAAUGCAAAAGCAAUCACAUUGUCUUGCAGGUGCAUUAAAUGAAUAUAUUUCCUAUGUAAGUUUCAUUUGUAACUUCUGCUAUUUGCCUGCUUAAGCUCGAAACCUGUAGUGAAUAUCUGCCCUCCUUGUUAGCCCACACAUUGCUCUGUGUCAUGUUAUCACAUCGUACCUGCAGGAAAGGAAGCAGAUCAUUCACCCUUCUCAUAACAAACACCGUCUCUCCAGAUUUCCUUCGUGCUCCCGUUCCCCAAAAACAUCCAAACCAUUUCAGUAAAUAGAGAUUUGGCAAGUCAGAUGAGUGAAACAUUUUUUUUUCCUUUAAGAAGGAAGUCAAAUGCAUCUGUAUAUAAAACGCUGUGUGUUUGAUUAUUAUGAAUAGAAAUGUACUUGUUUCUUUAUUUCACCCUCUGUCUGGGUUGAUGGAUCUUUUUCAUUCUAUCACUAGAGAAGACAGGCUGUGUAAUUUAUUGAUGAAGAUACUGCUUUUGUGAUUCAUUUGUUUUUUUUUUUAGUUAUACAGAAAGAAAGAAAUCGUUAUAACCAGCAGCAAGAUUUUGGUUUUAUUAGUUCCACUUCCAUCUUUGUGGAUUUGUUGCAGGCAGGUGGUUCAAAAGUUGUGACUUCACUACAAAACAGUUUUUUUUUUAAUGUCAUUAAUCAAUAUAAUGGAGAUUAAAACAAAGAUGUAGCAAACUCCAUUUAGGGAAUUUGACCCUGCACUCUUUAUGCAGAGAGGGGCCAUCAUGUUAAGAAUUUGUAUAAAAGAGAAGUUUGUUUUGCAGCAGAAAAGCACUAAAGUUAACAGUCACCUGAAAAAAUUUAAAACUUCAAAACCCUAGCUAGGAUCUUCUUAAGGGAUCUGUAGAAAUGGGUGGAGGGCACUUCAAAUUGCUUGCAAAAUCCAACCUUUUUGACUUAUGACAGUUUGUGUUACUAAGAGCUGCAAAGUUGAGUUUAUGUUUUACAAUUUGUAAAAUGUAGCUUUUGUAAAAUGUUGCGAGUAGUGGACAAACUUUUGGACGUCGCUAUUUGCCUCUAGGAUUUAUGUUUGCUUUUUACAACUUCUGCCAGAUUUCAUUCCUUUUUUCUUAUUCAUCAUUUUCAUUUAGCCACUUCAUGAAGCCAAACAGUAACACAAACUAAGGCACUUCAUUUGCAGGAUAACUUAUAUAGUUUAUCAAUAGCAUGGGUCUCUGGUCACUGCAGUAGAUACCUGUGCUGAGUGUCUGUGCUUUCGUACAUUAGCAUCUGAACGGUACAGUAACAUAUCGCCUGAUUAUUUUCUAUUAAUUUGUGCAGUGUAUUUAACAAUGGUUAUGCCAGCAGCUUCAAUCUGAGGUUGUGUCUCAUUAACGCUUCUGGUCAGAAUCUUUUUUCUGUCUUGAUUUGAUUUUAUCGGAAAAAUUCAGUUGAAUAAGUUAAACACGUGAAUGCUGAUCAGAAAGUUUAUUUAUCUUUCAUGAUAAAGAUGCAGGUUGACAGUAAUUCCUCCGGUAAGUUUUAUUUGGAAUAAACUGGUGUUGAUGAUGCUGUCCUUUAGUGUUGUAUGGCAAAUGCUUUGUCUACUUUGCUUUACUGGUCACCUGUCUUGAAAUUACAAAUGUUUUGGAUAUGUGAUCCUGUACUGGUAAUAAAAUUUCUGAAUGUA